GAAAAGCUGGCUCAUUCAGUUUACCUGUGCAUUCACCAGCAGCUUGCUGCAAUGAUUCGAUCUCCUGUGAGUAUUGAGACAGUCGCUCUCACUGGUGGAGUUUGUGUCGCCGUGCUUGUGUGGCUUCGUAGAAGGCCAGCAUCUUAUCCUGGAGAUGCCAUACCUCCAUCCAAACAGUUGAAGAGAGAGGCCAAAUUCCAGGAGAAGUCGCACAAAGUCGAUGCUGGCUGGAAACCGUGUGUUGAAGCGCAGUCUGAGGUUUUGCCACACCAAGUCUCUGGCCAGCAAGUCUGGGUUUAUUCCUCAGAAAAGUCCGAAGACCCAGUGCUGUUCUCCCCGGCUAACAAUCCAAACAGCAGUGACCACAUCUUCCGACAGGCAAAGCUGAAAGAAUGGAAAGGGCCACAGCCAGACAGUGACAUCCCACUGGAUUGCCUCAGCGUGGUGCGCAAGGGCUUUAGUUUCUAUCAGAUGCUCCAAUGUGAUGAUGGUCAAUGGGCAGGUGACUAUGGAGGUCCACAUUUCCUGCUGCCGGGUUUUGUGAUUGCUGCUUACAUCACUGGGCACAUGGAUACAAUCUUCCCUGCACCUCAUUGUAAGGCCAUCCAAGCCUACCUACUGAAUCAUCAGCAAGAAGAUGGUGGCUGGGGAUCGCAUAUCGAGUCUCCCAGCACCAUGUUUGGGACCGUGCUCAACUAUGUUGCUUUGAGAUUGGUUGGUGUGGAAGCAGAAGAGGAGGCCUGCCAGAAAGGGCGACAGUUCAUGCGCCAACAUGGUGGAGCUUUAUAUGCACCUUCCUGGGCCAAGUUCUGGUUGGCAGUCCUUGGUGUCUACGAAUGGCAGGGCAUUGCUCCAGUGCCACCAGAAAUGUGGCUCCUACCGCAAUGGUUUCCUUUGCAUCCGGGAAGGUUUUGGUGCCACUGCCGAAUGGUUUAUUUGCCGAUGUGUUGGCUAUAUGCGCGCAGAUUCACCUUCAAAGCAGCAGAAGAUCCAAUUGCUUCAGCACUACGAUCUGAGCUUUACCAGGAAGGUCAAAAAUACCAGCAGAUUGAGUGGAGGCGGUAUGUGCAUUCCGUGGCCGACAUUGACAAUUACAGCCCAAUCCAUCCCUUCAUGCGGGUGUUGCAGGAGGCUCUUCUCCUUUACGAACGUUUUGGCCCAUGGAAAUGGCUGAGAAAGAUUAGCAGUGAUUUUGCCUUGGAGUACAUGCAGUCUGAGGAUUUGGAGACAAAUUAUUUGACGAUUGGCCCUGUGAGCAAGGCCCUUCACUUGCUUGCCAGCUGGGUAGCGGCGGGAGGAGAAACCGAUUCCAAUUCUGCUGCAAGAAGCACUGCCUUUAGGGCGCAUGUGCAGCGAGUUCCAGCCUACCUUUGGGUCGCUGAGGAUGGUAUGAAGGUCCAGGGCUACAAUGGAAGCAUGGCCUGGGACACGUCAUUUGCCAUGCAAGCAGCGGUUGAGGGCGGCUUGGUCUCGGAGUUCAAGGACAUGUCAAAGAAGGCUUGGCAAUGGCUGGUUCAAGAGCAGGUGCGAAGUUUGCCUCACGGGGAUUGGAGACACUGGCGGCAACCCAUCCAGGGUGGCUGGGGUUUCAGCACGGCAGAGCAAGCGUGGCCUGUGUCCGACACCACAGCUGAAGCCUUCAAAGCUGUGCUAUUGCUUCGCAAACAUGCGUGCAUCAAAGCAGAAGGUGUACCCAUGCCAGAUCAGCAUUUGUUCGACACCGUUCGGUUCCUGUUGUCCUACCAGAAUGGUGAUGGGGGCUGGGCGACCUACGAAAACAAUCGUGGCUGGAGUUGGUAUGAGCUCCUGAACCCUUCGGAGGUUUUUGGGGAUAUCAUGAUCGACUAUUCGUAUGUGGAGUGCUCCUCUUCAGCUAUGCAGGCAUUGAUGCUGUUCACGGAGCAGUUCCCUCAGCAUCGGGCGCGCGAAAUUGCUGGUGCCAUCCAGCGUGGGGCUCGCUUCAUAGAAGCAAUGCAGCGAAGCGACGGAAGUUGGUAUGGAUGCUGGGGCAACUGCUUCACAUACGGUUGCUGGUUUGGAAUUGAAGGCCUUCUGUGUGCCGGAAGGCCAGCAUCCUGCAGACCCAUAGAGGCAUGUGUGAAGUUUCUGCUAGGAAAGCAGAAUUCGGAUGGUGGGUGGGGCGAAGACUUUGCGAGCUGCUUCAACAGAGAGUAUGCGGCAAGGGAGAAGCUCUACGGAUGCGAUUCGGGGAGUACUGUCGUUCAAACUUCUUGGGCAUUGCUCGCACUCAUGGCGGCAAACUGCAAGGAUAUCGAAGCGGUUCAACGUGGAAUUGCGCUGCUUCGGCGACGGCAGUUGUCAACCGGAGACUGGCCACAGGAAAAUGUUGCAGGAGUGUUCAAUCGUUCCAUCGGGAUUACGUUGCCCAGCUGCGCUUUUGUUUCUCUAAUUCAAACCUUGAGCGCAGCUUUGUUUGAACACCAUCUUCAAUCAGGUACACUGCCUUUCGAAAUGUGUUUCCACUAUGGGCGAUUGGACGUUUUGCGGCAGACUAUGGACCUCGUCAUGGUUGCAAAUGAAAGGGCCAAGGGCUAGAAACAAUGUUCGCUACUAGGAACAAGUGCAUCGCUUCUAGUAACAAGUGCCUUACUAGUAACCAUGUUUGCUAUUAGAAACAAUGUUCGCUAUUGUAUUUUCCACAGUACAGGCCCACAUUUGGGCUUUCGCCUCCUGACUUGGCCGGAUCGGCUCGGAAUGGACUGCCGAAACCCUUGCACCAGUUCUUCAGGCUUGCAAAGACAAGUAAGACAUCAGCCAGCGUUUUAAAACAAAAAGAAUCCGAUGACCAUCUCGUCAACGGCCAAGUCGGCAUUGAAAGCUGUCG